UCCCUUGGCUCCGCCCCCCCCCCCCCCAGAGCAGAGGUCACAGGUCAGAGGUCGGGGUCGGAGGUCGGAGGUCGCAGCAUGGCCGGCGCCGCCCUGGGGGGGCUGCUGCUGCUCGCAGCUCUGCCCCCGGCCGCAGCCAACCCGCCCCCCCCCGAUGUCCCCAACCCCUUCUACUACGACUGGCACCGCCUCCGCGUGGGGGGGCUGGUGGUGGCCGCCGUCCUCUGCGUCCUCGGCGUCAUCGUCCUCUUCAGCAGCAAGUGCAAGUGCGGCAGCAAGGGCAGCCACCGCCACCGUCCCCCCCCGGAGAUGUCCCACCUCGUCACCGCAGGAGCCGCCAGCACCUGCUGAGGGAGGGGACACGAGUGUCCCCCCGUGUCCCCAACGCCGGGAGGGACCCAGGCGUCCGGGCCGGCCCCGGUGGGGGGACACAGAUUUGGGGGAUUUUGCCCCAAAAUUUAUUCAGAAAAGGGAAAUUGCUUUAAAAAAUGUUAAAAAACAGUAAA